AUACUAAACCAAGACCAAAACAACGUGCUGCGGAAUAGAAACGUUUUUAUUUAGUUUUUAUCUGAUAAAUAAAGGAUUUUAAGGAUGCCCCAGGGAAAAUUCAAGAAGGCGAAGCUGCCCGCUUCCAUACAGAAGAAGAAGAACCAAAAACAAGCCGCCUUCACACGCCGUUCGAAUGCCCCCAUUCAGGCGAAAAAGGCCAAGUUCAACGAGACCCAGAAGAUCAAGUCCGUCAUCUCGAAGUCGGUGAACAAAAGUGUGGAGAGCGAACUGCGAUCCCGCGCCCACGAAGGCUACAUCCAGUUGAGCAAGGCGCAGGAGGCGGUGGCCAAGCACCACGCCUCCCAGGCGAAGGCGGCUGCGGCGGCCAGCACCGCCAAGUCCACAGAAUAGUUUUCUUUAAUCCUAAGUACAUUGUUGAUCACCGAACGACCUGCAUAUUUGAUAGUAAAACCUUUUUAAACCAAUUCCAAUAGUGUCAUUUAUAAACCAAGUUGAAAAAAUAUCCUUUAGGCUCAUAGUUCUGCUAAAACUAUCAAGUGGUAUAGUUUCAAAUUAAACUUACAGGUUUUUGGGUAAAGUCCCUAUAAUUACUAAUAACUAUUUUCUUUCUUGAUAAGUGAUCAUUGUCAUACUUUUAUAUUGCUCCAAAGACCCAUCAUUUUAGGAGUAUUUUUUCAAUUUUCAUACUAUCGAUGACCUGAAUAUUUUAUAGUAAACCGUUUAGAAAUUA